GGAUAAUGCAGCUCUAGCUCGCAUAUUCUUGCAGUUGUAACACAAGUUCAUUUUGAUUGGUCAAUUGGGUAGGACGUUCAAAGUGGGACUAAGGUUACCUAAUAUCUAGGUACCUUACCCUUGAUAGGUUGGGUCUUGGCAAGCAUGUGCUCUUACAAGGAACAAAGGAAAAAAGAGAAAAAUAAGAUUUCCCGCCAAUGUCUAGGAAGGUUUUAAGCAAUUAAGUUGGCGAACCCUGACAAAAUCCGAUAAGGGGUGGGUAAGAAAGUUUAGAAAGUUGGGAAGUUUAAAAAGUUUGGAAAUGAAUAUCAGCGCGGAUGGGACGAUACCUCGAACCAUCAUGACCUGAGAAGAAAUUCACUCCUUCGUUCAUCUUGUAAGAUCCGCCUGUCGAAGUCAUUACCGCGAUAUUCCCUUGAGACCACGUCGAAUUCCGUUCCUCGUUCUUACGUGUGGGCUAUUUCUCCUUCCCUCGUCGAUUGUUCCCGAACCAACACAGCGAAUCCCGCAUCCCGGAUACCAUACUACCGUUACCUAUGAUCGAAACUACAGUUCUCGUAGAAGAGCUCGCAGAGCGGCGAUCUCAAUACCAUGAGGCCGAUGUCGUCGUGGUCGGUGCUGGUGUCUUCGGGUGCGCAAUUGCAUAUGCUCUCGCUGAACAGGGAAGGAGUGUAAUUCUCCUAGAAAGACGGAUGAAGGAACCUAACCGUAUUGUCGGCGAGUUGAUGCAACCUGGCGGUGUCAACUCUUUAAGGAAAUUAGGAUUGGGACAUUGUCUUGAAGAUAUCGACGCUAUACCAUGUCAUGGAUUCGAUGUAUUCUAUUACGGCGAAGAUGUCUGCAUGCCGUACCCCCGGAUACAUGGACUUCUAGGCAUGGGAGACGAAAAGACGAAUGGAUCCGCGAAAAAGGGAGUACCAACAGAACCACCAAGACCCCAAGGACGAAGUUUCCACCACGGUCGUUUCAUUAUGCAGUUACGGCGGUCCUGUCUCAAACACCCCAAUAUCAGCGUAUUCGAAACCGAAGCCGUCAGCACCAUCAAGGGCUCGCACAAUCCAGAGAUCCUAGGUGUUGAAACGCGAACCGUCGACGCCGCUACGGGAGAGAAGCGCCCCGACUGCUUCUUUGGCCAGCUAACGGUCAUUGCCGACGGCUACGCCUCCCGCUUCCGCAAGCAGUACAUCAACCAGGCCCCCGUUGUCCGCUCCAAAUUCUACGCCCUCGAACUCGUUGAUUGCCAACUACCUAGUCCGGGCUACGGCCACGUCGUUAUAGGCGCCGCGAGCCCAGUCCUACUCUACCAGAUCGGCACCCGCGAAACUCGAUGUCUCGUUGACGUACCCGAAAAACUACCAGAAGCUGCCCCUGCUAAGGGUGGUGUGCGCGGGUACAUGAUGAACGUCGUACUCCCCGCCCUCCCGGCCUCUGUCCAGCCCUCCUUCCGUGCCGCUCUCGAGCGCGACCCCCGCAUUCCGCAGAGUAUGCCUAAUUCCUGGCUUCCACCAACUAAACAAUCUACACCCGGUCUCGCCAUCCUCGGUGACGCUAUGAAUAUGCGACACCCCCUAACUGGUGGCGGUAUGACAGUAGCUCUAAACGACGUUGUUCUCCUCCGAGACUUAUUGUCACCCCAAAAUAUCCCCGACCUCUCCGACGCGGCCGCGAUAAAUCGAGCUUUAUCCGCUUUCCACUGGCAGCGCAAACGCUUAACAGCCAUCAUCAACGUGCUUGCCAUGGCGCUAUACGCAUUGUUCGCGGCGCAAGACCGGGAACUAGCUAAGCUACAACGCGGGUGCUUCGCGUAUUUUCGGAAUGGUGUCACACGCGACCCAAUGGGUAUGCUUGGAGGUUUAAUACCAGACCCGUUGGUGCUUGCCUAUCACUUCUUCUCCGUGGCGUUUCUGGCGAUUUGGCUUGACUGCAAACAGACGGGUCUCUGGAAGUUGCCGGUUUUGCUAUGGAAUGCAUUUUGGGUCCUUUGGACCGCAAGCCGUGUCUUCUUGCCGGUUAUGUAUCGGGAGUUACUUGUAUAAACGAAGAUGGCGUUCUGUAAAGGUUUACAUUUUGGUGUGAAUACCAAAUAAAAUUCGCAAGGGGUUCUACUUAACUGUAGUAACUCCCGUUAUGAAGAGAAGAUAUAUCCAACUAAAGAAAAGGAGAAUCGCGUUACUUGUAUUUGAAGUCGGUUGGUUUACCCUACCCGACGUGGCGUGGCAUACAUAGAACGGAGAACGAGAAUGAGAUAUACGGGUCAAACGUAUACACCUAAUACCUAUUUAAUUAUAAUGAUUAAGAGAUUAUAAGAUCCAUACAUGUUUACUUAAGUUCAUCAGCUAGAAAAUUAGCAGCUAAACUUGAUGAGUGCUUUGAUGUAGAUUUAUCCCUUGUCUACUUCCUCUUAUACACA